AUGGGUGGAUUUUUUUCAUUGUCAUGGAAGCUGCUGUUUCUCUGCGUUUGUGUCGCAGAAAUGACCGUCGGGCAGGUCCGUUACUCUAUACCUGAGGAAAUGGCGAAGGGCUCCACUGUAGGGAAUAUCAUUCAGGAUUUGGGUUUGGAUAUUAAACGGCUGAAAUCUGGGCGAGCGAGAAUAUUUACCGAGGACAGCAGUGAGUACAUCGCUCUCAAUUUGGAUAAAGGAACUCUUAUAGUCAACGAGAGGAUAGAUAGAGAGGAGCGGUGCGGUCAAGUGUCUCCGUGCUCUCUGCAUUUUCAGAUUAUACUGGAUAACCCAAUGGAGCUGCAUCGCAUCGAUGUAGAAAUUAUUGAUAUCAAUGAUAACGCUCCAGUUUUUGCAAAGAGGGAAAUUAAUUUUGAAAUUAGUGAAUUUGCUGUUAAGGGAGCUCGCUUUCCUCUUGACAGCGCCAAAGACCCAGACGUUGGGCUGAAUACUCUCCAAACCUAUAAACUCAGUCCGACAGAUCAUUUUAAGUUAAAUAUGCUAUCUCGACCUGACGGAACUAAAUAUGCUGAAAUGGUACUCCAGACAUUGUUAGAUAGAGAAAAUCAGGAAGAACAUAAGCUAACACUAACAGCAUAUGAUGGCGGCGACCCCCCAAAAUCAGGCUCAGUCAAAAUUAACGUUAUUGUAAUGGAUGCAAAUGACAAUGCACCUGUGUUCAGCCAGUCUCUUUACAGAGUGACAGUUCCUGAAAACGCGUCGAGGGGUACUGCUAUCUUAACGGUUAGUGCCACUGAUGCUGAUAAGGGAACAAAUGGAGAGUUAAUGUAUUCAUUCUCUCAAAAUAAUGAUAUCACGUCUUCUAUCUUCAGUAUAGAUCCCCAUACUGGGGAAAUGACAGUGAGGGGUGAGUUAAACUACGAAAAAAUAAAACAGUAUGAAAUCGAUGUAGAAGCUACAGACAAAGGAGGGUUGAGAGACACAAGCAAGGUGCAAAUUGAGGUGACCGACCUAAAUGAUAAUGCCCCCGUCAUAAGCAUCAUUUCCCUCUCCAAUCCCAUACCAGAGGACUCUGCUCCAGAUACUGUUAUAGCGAUGCUCAAUAUCAAAGAUUUGGACUCAGGUAAAAAUGGCCAAGUUAGGUGUUUCAUUAGUCCUGAUUUGCCCUUCAAAAUCAAAUCACCAUCGGUUAAUUUCUAUAGUUUAGUAUCUUAUGACGUUUUGGACCGUGAAACUGUUCCCGAAUAUAAUAUAACAAUUACAGCAACGGACGAGGGUUCCCCACCUUAUUCUACAAACAAGACUAUUAAUUUAAGAAUAUCGGAUGUAAACGACCACGCCCCAAUAUUCCCAAAACCGUUUUUCACUGCUUUCAUCACUGAAAAUAAUUCACCUGGCAUGUCACUUCUCUCUAUUAAAGCCAGUGACAAAGAUUCAGGGAACAAUGCGCGCAUUUCCUAUUUCCUUGAAGAUAGCCAACUGAAUGGGAUGUCAGCCUCAUCUUAUUUUUCAGUGAAUGCAGAGAGUGGAGAGAUACUUGCUGUGCGAUCCUUCGACUAUGAGCAAAUAAAACAGUUCCAAAUUCGCAUCAAAGCUCAGGAUGGAGGCUCUCCUCCACUUAGUAGCAAUGUGACAGUGAAAGUAAUGAUCCAGGACCAGAACGACAACCCCCCUCAGGUACUGUACCCAGUCCAGACUGGUGGCUCUCUGGUGGCUGAAAUGGUUCCUCGUUCAGCAGAUGUGGGCUAUCUGGUGACUAAAGUGGUGGCUGUGGAUGUGGACUCUGGACAGAAUGCCUGGCUCUCCUAUAAACUGCAGAAAGCCACAGACAGGGCGCUGUUUGAAGUGGGCUUACAGAAUGGAGAAAUAAGAACUAUCCGCCAGGUGACUGAUAAAGAUGCUGUGAAACAAAGACUGACUGUUAUAGUGGAGGACAACGGGCAGCCCUCUCGUUCAGCUACAGUCAUUGUUAACGUGGCGGUGGCGGACAGCUUCCCUGAAGUGCUGUCAGAGUUCACUGACUUUACACACGACAAGGAGUACAAUGACAACCUGACUUUUUACUUAGUGUUGGCUCUGGCUGUAGUUUCCUUCCUCUUCAUCACAUGUUUAGUGGUUAUUAUAUCAGUGAAAAUCUACAGAUGGAGACGCGAGCGCAUGUUUUACAAAUCCAAUGGAAAUCUCCCUGUUAUUCCGUAUUACCCGCCCCUUUACGCAGAUGUAGGAGGCACCGGAACAUUGAAGCAGGCGUUCAGUUACGAGGUGUACGGGACUACUGACUCCCGGAAAAGUGAUAUAAAAUGUUCCAGACCUUUCAGCCAAAGCACUCUGAGUGUUGACCAUACCAGGACAGUGCCAAGGCACAAAACAGAGUCAGAGCUCAUAGAGGUGAGAUCCGCCUCCCUCUUGCUUCCUUAA